UUGUUUCUGAGAAUAUAAUGUUGUAUCCAAAUUUACUGUACCAUUAAUUUUGUCUUCCGCCGACACUCAGUGUGUCCGCUUCAUUAUUAACGAACACUCCGAAAAGGAGUGAACCAACUUACGUGUCAUUCACCCCAAAACAAAAAAAACAAAAACGUUAUAAGUUUCCAGAUUUAUCUGUCUUUGAUUUCUGUUUCACCUGCACUCUGUCUUCGUUGACAUGUCAACCAACCUCUGCUUUGAAGGAUUGGAUGAAAGAAGAGAGAGGAAACUGAGUUUCGAGAAUAAUUCAGAGGAUGAUCGGUGGACAAGAAUUGGAAGUCUGAAAAAGAAAGCACUAAAUGCAUCAACCAAAUUCAGACAUUCUUUUAAGAAGAAAAGAAGCAGAAAAGGCUGUAGCAGCAGGAGCAAUUCCCUCUCCAUUGAGGAUGUUCGAGAUGUUAAAGAGCUUCAAGCAGUGGAUGCAUUUCGACAGGCACUUGUGUUGGAUAACUUGCUACCUCCAAUACACGAUGACUACCAUAUGCUAUUGAGAUUCUUGAAAGCAAGGAAGUUUGAUAUUGAGAAAGCGAAGCACAUGUGGGCCAACAUGAUCCAAUGGAGGAAAGAAUAUGGAACAGAUACAAUAAUGGAGGAUUUUGAAUUCAAGGAGUUGAAUGAGGUUCUGAAAUACUACCCACAUGGCUAUCAUGGCGUGGAUAAGGAAGGAAGGCCUGUUUAUAUUGAGAGGCUAGGGAAAGUUGAUCCCAAUAAGCUUAUGCAAGUAACUACCUUGGAAAGGUAUUUGAGAUACCAUGUUCAGAGUUUUGAGAAAGCUUUUGCUGUUAAGUUUCCGGCUUGUUCUAUAGCUGCAAAGAGACACAUAGACUCAAGUACAACUAUUUUGGAUGUUCAAGGCGUGGGCUUCAAAAACCUAACAAAGUCUGCACGGGAGCUGAUCACCCGUCUGCAGAAGAUUGAUGGUGAUUACUAUCCUGAAACACUCUGUCAAAUGUUCAUCAUCAAUGCUGGUCCUGGUUUUAAGAUGCUCUGGAACACUGUGAAAACAUUUCUUGAUCCCAAAACCACUUCAAAGAUCCAUGUUCUUGGAAAUAAGUUCCAGAGUAAACUACUUGAGAUUAUAGACGAGAGCGAGCUUCCAGAAUUUCUUGGUGGUAUGUGCACUUGUGUUGAUCAAGGUGGUUGUAUGAAGUCAGAUAAAGGACCGUGGCAAGACCCAAACAUUUUAAAGAUGGUUCUUAGUGGUGAAAUGGGAUGUUCUAAACAAAUAGUAACUGUUUCCAACGACGAGGGGAAAGUGAUUAAAUGUGACAAGAUAUCUUAUCCAAUGAUUAGAGGUGGUAGUGAUACAUCUACAGGAGAAUCAGGAUCUGAAGUUGAAGAUAUUGCUUCUCCCAAAGCAUGUGGGACCUGUAUUAGCCCUAUAUUAACUCCUGUCUAUGAAGAAGCAAGACUGGUUGGUAAGGCUAGUGAUGGUGAUCGCUUAGUUGAGUAUGUUCCCAUGGUUGACAAGGCCAUUGUUGUUAGAUCAAUGGAGAAACAAGCAACAUCGAGAAAACUACUUUGCUCAACAGCUGGCAUCAUUUUGGCUCUUUAUACUUUUGCUCGUUCAAUAGCAUUUCGUGUGACCAAGGGAAUACGGUACUCAGAAUCUGGUUCUGCUUCAAAUGUUCUUAACAUGACUGUUGAUUCAACAAAUAAGGAGGAUUGUCGUCCUCCUUUACGUGCUCCCGGAUUCACAACGACAAACCUUUCCUCAUCUACCUUAAAACGCCUCGGGGAGCUCGAAGAGAAGGUUGACAUGCUGCAGUCAAAGCCUAAUGUGAUGCCGUAUGAGAAAGAAGAGCUGCUCAAUGCUGCAGUUUAUCGUGUGGAUGCAUUGGAAGCAGAGUUGAUAACUACAAAAAGGGCUUUAUACGAGGCUUUGAUAAAACAAGAAGAACUUAUGGCACACAUAGACAGUCAGGAAAGAGAGAAAUUCAAGAGAAAGGGUUGCUGGUAAAGAAGGCACCGUGCAUGGUCGAGUUGUUCGAUGGGUGGUUUCAGUAUCAUACUUCUCUCCCUCCACAAAUAUAUACAUUAUAUGGGAACCAAUUGACGGGCAAUGAUGAUGUAUAAAAUUGCAGGGAAAUAUUGGUUUUCAUUUCUGUCAUUUUCCGAGUAAAUUUUCAUGACAUCAUGUUAGAAUAAAAAAAUCACAAUGAACGAACAUAAACAUUA